UGCCACAAGGCCUCGACAUGGCGCGGAGGAUAGCAGCACUUCUACUGCUCUUGCUCUUCUCCUUCGAAUGCGAUGCGAGAAGAAAAACUCUGCAGCCGAGAAAUGCCAUCGAAGAUGUCGAUUCGAAGCGACUGGAGGAACUCAUCGAAACCGAAGAAUUCCUGGCCGUGUUUUUCUAUACGAAAGUGUGUGCGGACUGCCAAAAAAUAUUACAAGAGCUAGAGAAAAUAGACGACGAUGCUGAGAAUUUUGGUAUCCAGUUCGUUAAGAAUGGUGAAAAAUUCGUGGCCAGACGAUACGGAGUUACGGAUUUUCCUGCCCUCGUCUAUUUUCGGAAUAAGGAACCUGCCAUUUAUCAUGGGGACUUGAUGAACGAAGACAAUGUUCUCGCCUAUCUGACUGAUAUUGAAUCCAUGGUACUUCCGGAUGCUAUUGAAGAGGUGAAUGCAAAAGUGUUGCAGAACAUCAUAGACGAAACUGAGUUCGUUGCAGUUCUCUUUUAUAAAAAUGAUUGCCAGGAGUGUGAUGAUGUUCUUCACGAUUUAGAAGAAAUUGAUGACGAUGCUGAGAAAAGCGGCAUUGCGUUUGUGAAAGUCAGUGAUGAAGCUUUGGCUCUUGAAUUUGGAUUAGAAACUCUGCCGGCUCUCUUGUAUUACAGAAAUAAAGUACCUCUACUCUACGAUGGAAAUCUACACGACGAAAACCUGGUUCUGACUUGGUUAGAAGCUCAUAAAGAUUUAGAUACCGAUGUUAUUGAAGACAUAUCAAGUACAAUUUUACCCACAUUAAUAGAGAAUACAACUUACUUAGCUGUAUUAUUCUAUGAUAAAAAUGAUGAGAAAAGCCAAACUACUUUACUGGAUCUGGAAGCGAUUGAUGACGACACCAGUAAACACGGAAUUCCCUUCGUCAAAAUUGCUGACUUGGAGGUUGCCUCGCUUUAUGGAAUUGUCGAAUUACCCGCCCUUGUGUACUUUGAAAAGAAAAUUCCAAACUUCUAUCAAGGAGAUUUAAAUCAUGAAGAGGUUUUAAAGUGGCUGAUAUUUCAGAAAGAAUCCGACGAGAUCGAAGAUGUUACUAAUAAAGUCCUCACUCAGAUGAUCAAAACAACAGAUUAUCUUGCAGUUUUAUUUUAUGACAGCGGUAGCAAUGCCAGUAGGACAGUACUCCAGGAACUGGAGGGAAUCGAUGACGAUUGCGAUCAGCAUAACAUACCAUUCGUCAAAAUCGAUGACAGUCAACUGGAAUCUCUCUAUGGAAUUAAAAAUCCUCCAGCUCUAGGAUUCUACAAGAAACAAGUUCCUAAGUUCUAUGACGGUGAUUUAACGAAUGAAGAAACAGUCCUGCAGUGGUUACUGGAACAGAUGAAAGCUGAAGAGAUUGAAGAUGUGUCAACCCCUGUGUUGCAUCAAAUGAUUAAAAACACCGAUUUCCUGAGCAUCUUAUUCUAUGACAAAAACAGCGAAAAAUCCCAAGCAGUCAUAAAAGAGUUGGAAAAUAUCGACGACGAAGCGGAUCAAAGAAAUCUGCCGUUCGUAAAAAUAUCCGAUGAUGAAUUGGCUAAAAUGUAUGGAAUUGAUGAUGAAUUGCCCGUCCUCGUAUACUUUGAAAAUCAGAUUCCGUGCAUCUACAGGGGAGACUUGAUGAAAGAGGAAGACGUUUUGGAUUGGCUAGUAAAGCAGAUGUCUAGCGACGAAAUUGAAGAAGUAUCUGACAAGCUUUUAGACCUCAUGAUCACGAAACAUGAUCUCCUUGCUGUUUUAUUUUAUGAUGCUUCUUCGGACACUCAUAUUUUGAAUGAGCUAGAAAAAAUUGAUGACGAGGCGGAUCAACAAGGAAUCGUAUUUUUGAAAACGAGUGAUUUAGCUGCGGCUGAGAAGUACGGCAUCGAAUAUCUUCCGGCUCUAGUAUUUUUCUACCGACAGAUGCCUAAUCUUUACUCUGGUGAUAUUUCGGAUGAAGAUGAGGUGCUUGAAUGGUUUGUGAACCAGCUAACGAAAGAUGAAAUUGAAGACGUCACAGAAAAAAUGCUUCUGCAUCUAGUCAAAACUUCACCAGCACUUGCUGUAUUAUUCUAUGACGCUGAUUCUGCUAUCAGUUCAGUGGUAUUAAAAGAGCUGGAGAAUAUUGAUGACGAUACGGAACAAUACAGCAUUCCUUUUGUGAAAAUAAGUGAUUAUAGCCUUGCUCAACAGUUCGGUUUGAAUGAUGAACUUCCGAUUCUUGUUUACUUUGAAAACCAAAUACCAUCCAUUUAUGAAGGUGACCUUACCAAAGAAGAGGAUGUGCUCGCUUGGCUUAUAAAGCAAAAAACAGAAGACAGCAUUGAAGAAGUUACAGAAGAAAUUCUUCUAACUUUGAUUAAAGAAAGGGGAUAUGUUCUCACCUUUUUUGCUCCCAACAACUGCACCAUUUGCGAAGCUAUACUCCACGAAUUAGAAAACAUCGAUGACGAAACCGAUCAGCACGGAAUUCUGCUCGUGACCACUGACGACAUGAACGUGGCGAUGAACAAAGCGAACGUUACUGAAUUCCCGGCUCUCGUCCUGUUUCGGAAUGAAGAACCCGUAGUCUAUCAAGGUGAUCUGAUGGAAGAAGGUAAAAUUUUAGAAUGGGUCACAAGAGAGGAGACACUGGAUAGUCCGGAUGCUAUUGAAGAAGUCAACAUUCGAAUGCUCGAAAAUCUUCUCAAUACCUCUCAUUCCGUUGCAGUAUUAUUCUACAGUAAGAUCGAUUGCCCGCUAUGUGACGAGGUUUUGCAAAGUUUAGAAAAUAUCGACGACGACGCAGAGCAAAAUGAUGUGGAUUUUGUUAAAGUCUCCGAUACUAAUAUUGCAGAAAUCUACAAUGUUACGAAGUUUCCCACAAUGCUUUUCUUCAGAAAGCAGACCCCGUUCGUUUAUGAAGGAGAUCUCAAGAAACCAGACGCGCUCUUACAAUGGCUGAUUGAAAACAGAGACAGACCGGAUAGUUUCAUUGAGGAUGUCGACAGAAGGCAAUUGGAAGUGCUUCUUGAAGAGCAAACUGUUGGGGUCUUCUUUUCACGAGGUGCGCCAAAUUCCCCUUCGAAACCACAACCUAACAAUAGCCUACCUCCAUUUUGGAGCGAACAACCGGAGGAGGAAUUGCCUCCCACCCAACCUGCGAGCCCAAAAGACUUUGAAUUUCUUACCUCCUUAGUGCAAGCUACUGUGCCUACGGCCAUCUGCAGGAAUGAAGGGAUACCCACGCCACCACUGGAGGCCUUAGAAGCGACUAUAGUACAAAUUCAUAUUCCAAAUUGUCCCCCAAUAGCAGUAGCGUCCUGCUAUAUGCCUCCGAGACAGGGACCCGCAUUUAUCUCUGAUCUCAGAAAAUUAAGUGGUGUAGCAAAUAACCUGAUUAUCGCAGGAGAUUUAAAUGCCCGUCAUAGAAGUUGGGAUUGUGUCACUGCCAACAACUAUGGCGAUAAACUCAAAAUUUGGGCUCAGGACGCCCGUAUCCAAAUUAUUGCGCCAAACACACCUACCCAUUACCAGUUUCCUGGGGGGUUAGGUGCUCCUUCCAUUAUUGAUUUGGCCUUAUUUAAAAAUAUUCCAGUAGAUUAUUCGAUCGAAACUUGGAGUCCUGGCUCAUUACCUGGAAAAUCAAAAUUAAUGUCGCAAAAAGUGCCGCCACAGUUUUCUUUUCCAGAAAGAGGAAUGUCCAUAGUCAACUCCCUCCACUCAGAUUAUUUGAAGAAAAUGUACCCUGGGUGGAAUCCUACAAAUAUCUGGGAGUUAUAUCUAGAUGCGAAGCUGCUCUGGAAUACCCACAUCAAUUAUGCCAUCUCCAAAGCAAGAACUACAAGAACCCAACUGAUGUCUCUCCUCAAAAGAACCAGCAACCUCUCCCUCAAUAACAAGAUCCUUCUAUACAAGAGCACCAUCCUACCGAUCCUGACGUACGCUGCUGUCGUCUGGUCAACUGCUGCCAAUAGCCACCUGAAGAAAAUUCAAGUAUUCCAGAGCGUAACGCUUCGUAUUCUGACAAAUGCUCAUUAUUUCGUCCGUAAUGAAGUGCUUCAUAACGAUCUCAAAAUUCUACCCCUUGAUGCCUUUUUCCGGCAAAAUUUGGCCAAAUUCUUUAAUAGAUUAACACAGAUCGAAAACCCAGUCUUGCAUUCACUUCCUGCUUAUGAUCCAGCUGAGCCCAGCUCAGCUAAGCGACCUAGGAGCGUUCUUGAUAGAACUUAUAACAUCUUUCCUAGGAAGCCAAAGCGGAGGUGUCUGCUUGACUAG